UGAAUAAAUGUGAAGUAAACAUUAUUUUUGUAGAUUCUAAAUUGGUCUGUGUGUGUGUCAUUAAGCACAUGUCUAAUAGUUUAACUCUCACUUUUCCAAUUAGUCUCUAAUGAUAGAUCCUGUUCAGAGUUUUUUGUUAUUAGACCGUUAAUUCCUCACAACAGUCUGUGUCCAAGUCCUUAAGUGCUUUCCACCUGGCUGGCUAACUGUGGCACUGCUCAGUCAUAGAGAAAAAUGACAUUUAGUCACAAAUUACUUAAAUUAUAGUCUGUUAAUAUUUCCUAAAACCAGUAAGCCCAUUUAUUAUUCUAAUGAUGAAAGAAUGCUUAUAUUUUCUCCCAAAUAGUUAUUCCUUAGGACCAUCCUAGAGCACUGAAUAGUAAUGUUAAUCAGUGGACAAAUACUUAGAGAUACUUAGAGAAUGAUGACAUACACAGCAUCGUGCCUGGUACCAUGUGUUCUGCAAAGAUGUGUACAACCUUGGUCCUGCCACCUCAAGUCUAGGCUUCUCCACAAAUAGGUGCUUUACACCAGUCAGCUUAAGGCCAUCAGAAUGGUUAUGGGCUGAGAGACCUGAAUGAGAAUCAGGUGAAUCCUCUUUCAGUGCAUUGGAUGCAGGAGGUGCAGGUUCAGUCCCUGGGUCAGGAAGACACCCUGGAGAAAGGCAUGGCAACUCAUUCCAGUGUUCUUACCUGGAGAAUCCCAUGAACAGAGGAGCCUGAUGGGCUGCAGUCCAGGGGCUUGCAAAGAGACUGAGCACACGGGCACAUAUGCACACACUGGCACCAGGCACUCUCCUGUUCACAAAGAUAGGAAUGUCAGCAGGCACAUACUCGUACACGUGUGUAUUAUACAUGCAUGUUAUCCCCUUAGCAACAGCCACUACCUGGUCUGCACUUUGUAAUUUAUGUUAAUACACCAGUACUUCUUUAUGUUCUCUUUUUAAAUCACUGCUUGAGACUACUACUGCUGCUACUGCCGCUGAGUCGCUUCAGUCGUGUCCGACUCUGUGUGACCCCGUAAAUGGCAGCCCACCAGGCUCCUCUGUCCCUGGGAUUCUCCAAGCAAGAACACUGGAAUAAAGAUGAAUGCCAUGUCUCAUCCAGCACUGAAAAUGUAAAGUUUAGAAGACAUUUGCUAAGUCGAGUCAACUCACGACAGCUGUUAUUCAAGUCAACAACAUCAUAAUGCAGAGUUCAUUUUCAAUACCACCGAAAGAUCAAGAUCUCUCCCUGCUUCCCAGCCCUGUGGAGAAACUGCUGACUCAGAAGAUGUUGGAAUCUCCUGGAAAGACAACCUGUACAGGCGAACCAAAUAUCCCUCCUGGGGCGAUUCACAGUGGGAAAGGCCUGCAGAAUAAGAGUCAGUUUAGAACCAUCGCUCCAAAGAUUGCGCCCCAAGUCGUGGCACCCAGAGUGCUGCCAAGCCCGGUGCCCUCACUCUCUGAUCAGGCGAAUCCAGGCCCUUCCCUCGGCUCCAAGCCCCUGGGGAUGCCCCCGCCGAAUUAUGCGCUGAUGCAGCUGGCUGGCCAGGAAGGGACCUUCUCGCUGAUUGCUCUGCCGCACGUGGCCUCAGCUCAGCCGAUCCAGAAACCCCGGCUGCCUCUGCCCGAGAACCUAAAGCUGCCCAUCCCCCGGUACCAGCCCCCAAGACCUGGCAAAGGAGUCAGAAAGAAGCCGGGGCUUGGUUCCUCCUCCGAGAGGGGCUGCAGCAAACCUGCCCAAACCCAAGCAGUCCCUACCCCACCUGAGCAUCCUGAGCCCCCGCACAAUCCCAACCCACCCAAGCCGGCACCAGACCAAGCCCCAGCUGUGCUGACCAACAGGAGUGGCCACCGAGACCCCGGGCCUCCAGGGACCAGCAACCACGGAGGUUGGACUCCUCCUGCCACCCUAGCACUGGCCACACCGGAGGAGCCUUCUGCCGAGCAGGGCCCCCCGAAGAGUUCAGGAAGAGCGAAAGUUCCAGGCAAGAAAACCCCCAGGAAACCUGCUGUUGCCAGUGAAAAACCUCAAGAACCGGUUGAUGCCACCAAAGCCAUUUUGUCGUCACCAGGCGUCAUUGGAAACGCAGUCCAGGUGCCCUCUUCCGUCCCGAGAGGUAAACUGCCCAUCCUACCCUACUCGAGAGUGAAGACCACGCAGGUUUGCAGGAGCGGAGCCGCCGUGAACACUGCGCAUGUCCCCUUCCUUGGGCUCAGGACUGCCGGAGACCAGACCCCUUCCAUCCCGGAAGGCUUCAGUGCGGCCCCGCAGGUGGGGGACAGGGGCCCUGCCCCACCAGCUCCCGGGCAGAGCCCCGGCAACAGUGCCUUCUGUCCAGCCACCAAGCCCGACCUUAACCACAAAACAAAACUGAACGGUGAGACAGCGAAGAGAAAAGGAAGAAAACGCAAGGGCCCAGACGAACUUUUGACAUUUCAGGGGAAAAGGUGGAAAUGUGUCCUUAGUUGUAAAGACAGCAAAGAAAGAGACAAAAGUGAUCCCCGAGAAUCCAGGGACGAAAAACCGGAGGCCGUGAAAAAAUACCGGAGCAUCAUGCCCAAACCUGUCCUGGUCCUGCCAGCCCUGGCCUCACCCCCGGCCACCCUCCAGCCCCUGCCACCUGGGAGCUUGGGACACGUGUCUUUCGAUCACUCCCUGGCCCCCAAGCAUCUGGACUGGAAGGAGGACGGCCAGCCCCCAAAGCUCGACUCUGCCUUCAGAAACGGGUUCUCCGGCCUCAGGAAGACUUGGCACAGGUGCCACGUGUGUGACCACCCCUUCCCGUCCAAGCAGCACCUCCGCGAGCACACGAGUGCACCCCCGGACAGCCGGCCCUACAGCUGCCGGCUCUGCAGAAAGGUGUACAAGCGGCGGGGCAGCCUGAGCGCGCAUGUGCGGCUGCACCACGGGGACUCCCGACCCAGGAAGCUUGGGUGCUGCGAGUUAUGCGCCAAGGUGUUCGGCCACGUCAGAGUGUACUUCGGCCACCUGAAAGAGGUGCACGGUGUGGCCAUCAGCACCGAGCCCUCCCCCUGCGAGCCGCAGCCGGGGGACCUGCCGAGGACCCCUUGCGAGGUGGAGGGACUGGUGGAGAGGGAGAUCAAGUCCAGCCUGGAAGAAGACCUCAUGAACCAGAAUGACGAGGCCAGGUUCCAGAUCAGAUGUGGUCGCUGUCAGAUCACUGCCCAGUCUCUGGCUGAAAUCAAGUUCCACCUGCUUUCCGUUCAUGGCGAGGAAAUCCAGGGCCAGUUGCCAGAGGAGCGCUUACCCUCCCCUGGAAGCAGAGCAGCUCAGGGAGAACUGACUAAACAGGCUGCUCCUUUCUGGAAACGUCCUGAGAGAAGGAAGCUGCUCAGGCAUCAUCCCUCAGCUGGGGAGUUCUGUGCAGUCCCCAGACUGAAAAGACAACUUUACCUCUAUCAUCAGAACGACAUGGAAACACUCACGAAACAGGAACAAGCCCAGCCAGGACCCAGUGAGCCUGGGGGAGACCCCCAGGGCCCCAGGUGUCCUGGCCUCCAGGCUGCCCUCCCCCUGUCCCACUCUGGCUUUAACUGUGUCCUUUGUGUGCAGAUACUAGGAAGCAAAGAGGAGCUACUUCUCCACUGGGAGCGGCAACACAAGUGUGAGGACCCCCCCAAACUGUGGACAAUUUUCAGCACGCUCUCCAGCCAGGGAGUUGUCCAACUUUCCAGCAAAACCAGAAAAUGAAACACGGGGUCAGGGAUUAGCAAGAGGUGCGCGCUCUCAGCUGCCUCUGUUUCAUGGAGGUGCUUGAACACCAAAAUCCAACAAGUUAGGAUCAGCAUUAAGUAGCAGAAGUGAUUUUUGUACAUAGUCUUAUUUUAUUAUAGAAUAUGUAUGUACAUAUGCUCUUGAUGCAUAUUUUUCUAACAUACAGUUUUAUUUGAAAAUCCUAUGUCCUAUUAAUGUCUGAGACUUUAUUUCAGAUUCAAUAAAAAGAUAAAUUUGCAGACUGAAAUAAGUUCUAUUAGGCUGUCCUUCAAAUACAGUUUUUAGCAAAAACA